CGCUGUUGGCAAAAUAAUGAGUGUACUUGAUUCGUGUCAAUUGACCAGUUCUAACUUCUGAGGGACCUUUCGGGAUGGGAUUCAAUUUUUUUAUGGAAGAAAAUAGGCUAAAUGUUCAAUUUACUCCGUAUUUUUUUUAAGUAAAGAAAAAAGUGAAUGUGAAAUUUAUGUUGUAAUGACCUGAUUCAAUAAUUGUAUUGAACAAUUUUACCUCCCAUUACAAGAAUUUGGUCCACAUGCGACAGAUCGGAAACCAGGCCUUGCCGUGGGUGCCAUUCUAUAUGGGCGGGUUUGUUAUAUGGCCCAAUUCACUCCAGUUUCGUUACCCCGAAACGCUGCGAGAGCCGGUGCGAACCACCACCAUUCGCCGCCGUGACCCGCCGCAUCAUGUCCGAGCUGCAGCUCUUCUCGUCAUGCCUAUAAGAGAUCUGACCCUUCGACGCAUCAAUACGGUCAUAUUCCAUCAUCCGAAGCUCUUCUGCGACCUAAUCACUGUUCCACCUCCGAACAACGCGAUGGCCGAUAAGGCGAAGAAGGAAGCCCCCUCAGAUCCAGAAGCGAUUGAUACGAAGCAAUUUGUGGCGGGUAAGACGCCGGAGGAGCCAAGGAAAUCAAUUCCUCCGCCGCCUGAGAAGCCGUUGCCGGGCGAUUGCUGCGGCAGUGGAUGCGUCAGAUGCGUUUGGGAUGUUUACUACGAGGAAUUGGAAGAGUACAACAAGAGCCACAAGAACAGCCCCGAUUCUUCUGUUGAACCCUCUUCAAGUAUUUGAUCUUUGUGCAUCUCGUUUAUCAUAUCUGGAUUGAAAUUAAUUUAUUGUUCUGGAGUUUAUUUCUUCAAUCUUCGUAAAGCUCCAGAAAUUUAAUGGAGUUUCCCUCCAUACACUGCAUUAGGAUCAUCAAGUGUCUCAUUUUGGCCGGGAUGAUUGCCAUUGAUACAUAUGAGCUGAAUGAAGGUUGUUGGUUUUUGAACCUUUAACCUUAGCCUCUUCGAGACCACGUUCUUCAGUCUCAUCUGAUGAUUCUUGGCUCUCAAACACUUGGAAUUUCUUGAUCUGCCAUUUGUUUACCAUUAAUCUCAGAGAGAGUCUUCCAUGGCAAUGCUAGCUUUUUCAUGGAAGCACGGAAGGUUGAUCCGUUGAUGUUAUCUUCGGCUUGAUUGUUAUUUAUGCAGGCGUGUAAUGGACCAGAAUCUCAAACCAGCCCUGAGAGAGGCGUUGAUAGCAUCUCCAACACUAUUAGGUUCAUUUAGUUUGCUUUUGUUACAAAGAGGUCCCCAACUUUUAUCUCAUUUUGUUUUCAAUGUAGUAUCUUCAUGUUCCCCAAUUUACUAUAAUCCCUCGGCCCCAGAAUGACGUUAAACGUUAUACGGAGUAUUGUUUUGUGAGUCACAUAUUUCUUUCUUAAAUAAGCAGGGAAGGACAUG